AUGAGCUGGAUUCCUUUCAAGAUUGGGCAGCCCAAGAAACAGAUUGUCCCCAAAACAGUGGAGAGAGACUUUGAGCGGGAGUAUGGAAAACUGCAGCAGCUGGAAGAGCAGACCAGGAAGCUGCAGAAGGACUUGAAGAAGAGCACUGAUGCUGACCUGGCCAUGUCCAAAUCCGCUGUGAAGAUAUCCUUGGACCUGCUCUCCAAUCCCCUCUGCGAACAAGACCAGGACUUUCUGAACAUGGUGACAGCCCUAGACACGGCCAUGAAGCGGAUGGACGCCUUCAACCAGGAAAAGGUGAACCAGAUUCAGAAGACCGUGGUUGAGCCCUUGAAAAAGUUCGGCAGUGUCUUCCCGAGCCUCAACAUGGCGGUGAAGCGGCGGGAGCAGGCCCUGCAGGACUACCGGAGGCUGCAGGCCAAGGUGGAGAAGUACGAGGAAAAGGAGAAGACGGGGCCAGUGUUGGCCAAACUGCACCAGGCCCGAGAGGAGCUCCGGCCGGUGCGGGACGACUUCGAGGCCAAGAACAAGCAGCUCCUGGAGGAGAUGCCGCGCUUCUACGGCAGCCGGCUCGGCUACUUCCAGCCCAGCUUUGAGGCCCUGGUCCGAGCACAGGUCGUCUACUACUCUGAAAUGCAUAAGAUCUUCGGAGACCUGACCCAGCAGCUUGACCAGCCUGGCCACUCCGAUGAGCAGCGGGAACGGGAGAAUGAAGCUAAACUGAACGAGCUCAGAGCGCUCUCUAUUGUGGCUGAUGACUGA